AUGGCUUCCAACCAGUCUGUUCAGUGUUUCGGAAAGAAGAAGACCGCCACCGCAGUUGCCCACUGCAAGGCCGGAAAGGGACUUGUUAAGGUCAACGGAAAGCCUUUGAACUUGGUUCAACCAGAGGUCUUGAGAUUCAAGGUCUACGAGCCCCUCUUGAUCGUCGGUCUCGACAGAUUCGCCGGUGUUGACAUCCGUGUCCGUGUUACCGGUGGUGGUCAAACCUCCCAAAUCUAUGCUAUCCGUCAAGCUAUCUCCAAGGCCAUCGUUGCCUACUACCAAAAGUUCGUCGAUGAGCACUCAAAGAACCAAUUGAAGCAAGCCCUCGUUACCUACGACAGAACCCUCUUGGUUGCCGAUAACAGACGUUGCGAGCCAAAGAAGUUCGGAGGUCCCGGUGCCAGAGCCAGAUACCAAAAAUCUUACCGUUAA